UGAUUUAUACGUACGGAACUAAUUCAUGUGGGGAAACAGCACUUCCCAUCAUUUCUUCCUUCCGGAUCUUCCUCAUCGACAAUCAUGUCUUUAGCAGAGUCGGCGUCCGUCAUCAAUGGUGCUUUUCAAGACAUACCCGUAAUCGAUCUUUCUGGUGCAACGAGUCCAGACGAGAGCGAGAGGAAAGCACUUGCCUAUCAGAUACGUGAUGCAUGCAUGAAUGUAGGGUUCUUCUACGUCAAGAACCACGGGAUACCACUAGAAUGCGUAGACAAUAUCCUCAAGGUCAACAAGGAGUACUUCAGCCUUCCAACGGAGGAAAAGCUGAAGGUGUCGAUCAUGCGAGCUUUCCCCUGUGUUCAGAGUCGUUAAUGAGUCUUUGUAUAGCUUAACCACAAGACCGUCGCCAACUUCAAAGGAUACACUCCGCUUCUCGAUGCGAACAUCGAACCCGGAAACAGAGGGGACCUUCAU